CAGCCUCCCUAAGUGCUAGGAUUACAGGCGUGAGCCACCGCGCCCAGCCCUCUCUGCACUAUUGUUGAAAUGUAGCAUUUCCACUCUUCUAUGGCUAUGAAACCAUUUUGAACCUGUAUCAGAGGUACACACUUUAGGAAAAAUCAAUACAGACAAUAGUGCCUCUUGUUGUGGAUUUUGCUUUUAUCAGUGUGUUGGAAAAGGUCCUCUUUAUCCCCAAGAUUAGUUAAUGCUUCCUUAUGUUGUCAUUUAUGUAGGCUUUUUUUCCAUUUAAUGUUUUAAGCCAGUUGAAAUGUAUUUUUGCAUAUGAUGUAAAAGAGAUGCAGCUCAUUUUGUGUAUCUGUUGACUGAAAAAUGCCAAUUAUUCCCUAACCUUGCAUUAAAUGUGUUUUUGUUUUUGUUUUCAGGUAUGGAACCCUUCAGAUCAAAGCUUACCUGUAAAUUUAGUAUGUAAAACAGAUUAAUGUAGUUGAAAUGGGGAAGAAUGAGAGUUAUCCCAACCAGCCAGCACUCCGUACCCCCAUUCCCAUACUUCCCCUCAUGGGAGGCUGCAGGGAGCUCUUUGAAAACCAUUGGAAAGGGCAGCACGGUGGCUCACGCCUGUAAUCCUAGCUCUUUGGGAGGCUGAGGUGGGCAGAUCACCUGAGGUGAGGAGUUCGAAACCAGCCUAACCAACCUGGCUUAACUCUGUCUCUACUAAAAAUACAAAAAUUAGCUGGGCAUGGUGGUGGGUGCUUGUAAUCCCAACUACUUGUGAAGCUGAGGCAGCAGAAUAGCUUCAACCCAGGAGGAGGAGGUUGCAGUGAGCCAAGAUUGUGCCAUUGUACUCCAGCCUGGGCAACAGAAUGAGACUCCAUCUCAAAAAAAAAAGAAAACCAUUAGAAAAAUUCAUCCUUUCAUAAAUGACUUGAAAUGCCACCUCUGUAAUAUACUACAUUAAAAAUUUUACAUACUCCAAUUGUUUUUCUAUUUUUAUACCAAAUUAUACUUUAAGGAUCCCAAGAAGAAGAAAGUGAGAUGUUUAAUAAAUGUGUGCAUAACAAUAUGAGUUGUUUGGGGGUUUUUUGGCCUUUAAAAUUAGCAUAGAUCUUCAAAAUAAAGUGCAGCUUUGAAAAGAGCUAAAUAAAUACCUUUAAUACAGAGAAGGUUUAACUUGGUAAAACUAUGGUAGAUAAUGUGUGUCAAAAGUUUACAAUAUUCAUAUCCUUUGAUCUAGCAUCUCACUUACAGAGUUUCACCCUAAAGAAAUAAAGAGAAAUGUAUGAAAAAAAAUUUGCUAUUGUCUAUGUUAUUGAUAAAAUUGAAGAUGAUCAAUAACAGUGUGGGACUGGGUAAAUGAAUCAUGGCACAUCCCCACGAGAUGGAAUAUUCUUCAGCCACAGAAGUGAUGUUGUGGAAAGAAAAAUAUUGAGUGCUUGUGAUGAAUCUGGCACCAUACCAAGCAUCUUAAUUAUACUGCCUUAAGCCUAACAAUAUCCCUAUAUGAUAGGUAUUAUUAUUCCCAUUUAUAGGUGAGAACACAGAGAAGUUAGUUAAAGUUCAAACAGCUAGUAAGGUAGUGUUGCUGGAAUUCAACCCAUGAAUACUCUUAACCCUUAUUCAUAGCCACUGUCAUAAUAAUACAGGAAAAUACUAUUUACUGUAAGUUGUUUUAAUGCAGUUUAACUGACAUUAAACAUCAAAUGAAAGCUCCUAUAUGCAAUCCCUUCUUCCUUUCCAAAGUUCCCAUGCUUGGUAAUUUUUUAUCCUAAAAUGUAUUUAUAUAUUUUUUAAUGCUUAUGGAAGUAUUAUAUGCCUACUCUAAGAAUUCAAACUGUGCAGAAGAUUACAAAGUAGCUGCAUCUUUAGUCAUAACGACACCCUCUGUAUAUGAAAGGAUACAUUUGUAGGCUCUUUUUUGUUCGCUCAAUUCUGUAUGUUCUGGCUCUGGUAUUAUUAGCUUGUGGGCCCUGGUUUGGAAUAGAGGUGAACUAGAAAGGCAAACUGAGUGGAGUGCAGGUAUGGGUGGUUGACUUUCACCACAGAGGUGAUUAGAAAAACUGAUUCUGGAGCCAAUCCGGCUAGAUGGAGUCCCAGCUCUUUCUUACCAGCUGUUUGAACUUGGGCAACUAACAGGAGUGCUUACUGUGUGUGAUAUAUGUACAUGGUUUCCCCAUUUGGUUUUAAUGAGUUAGAUAUUUUUAUUCCCUUUUUAUGCAAAUGACAAAAUCAAAAUUCAGGGAGGUUACAUAUAGCAGUAGGAUGAAUCUUUAGACCCAUUUCUAGAACUACAGACAACAUAAAUACUGAAAGCUGCUUGGCCAGGAGAUACCAAAAUGCUCACAAAUGAGAAACGGACCUGCAUAGCCCUCACGCCCUCUAGAACCAAGGGGUAGCGUUUUAAGAUACAGGACUGGGUGGGUGCCCAAUCUGGUAUCAGAAAGCUGUGCUUUGAAAACCUGACUGCUUUUAAGUAUUUUCUAUUUUGUUCUCAUUUUGUAGGUAUUAGAAUAAUUUCUGAAUUAUCAGUCUGUCAUUUGUGCUUUGGGGAAGCAGAAAAAGCAAAAGGGGUCUUUGGCCAUCUUCUGCUGGAGAUUUCAGGGAGGAUGUGUCUGCAAGAGACCAGAUGUGCUGGGUUUCAAGUCCCAGAAGCCCAAGGGGAAAAAGAACCGCAGGGAGGAAAAGACUGUACAGAGGCUUCUGGAGUCUUCUCUGCUCUAACCUUGGAAGGUUUUGAACAAUGUUUCUCGGAGGAUGGCCUUUCACUUACUCAACUGCCCAGCAUAACUCAUCCCCAGGAGUGUUGAGUUGCAUGAUGGAAUUUGAACAUUACUUCAAGAGGUUUUAUAUUUUGGAUUAGCUAAUUGGGGUUGUCCUCUGCUGACUGUUUCUUCGGACGCAUUUUUUGGUGUGCUUUUGAGGCAUUAAAUGCAAAGAUAUCAUACCAUGGACUACAAGGAAAGCUGCCCAAGUGUAAGCAUUCCCAGCUCUGAUGAACACAGAGAGAAAAAGAAGAGGUUUACUGUUUAUAAAGUUCUAGUUUCAGUGGGAAGGAGUGAAUGGUUUGUCUUCAGGAGAUAUGCAGAGUUUGAUAAACUUUACAACACUUUAAAAAAACAGUUUCCUGCUAUGGCCCUGAAGAUUCCUGCCAAGAGAAUAUUUGGUGAUAAUUUUGAUCCAGAAUCACUUGAACCCAGGAGGUGCAGGUUGCAAAAUGCUGUUGAAGUGAUAAUAAAGUUAGUUUUUGUUUUUAGUCCAGAUGUCAGAGCAUUCCUUCAAAUGGAUAGUCCAAAACACCAGUCGGAUCCAUCUGAAGAUGAGGAUGAAAGAAGUUCUCAGAAGCUACACUCUACCUCACAGAACAUCAACUUGGGACCAUCUGGAAAUCCUCAUGCCAAACCAACCGACUUUGAUUUCUUAAAAGUUAUUGGAAAAGGAAGCUUUGGCAAGGUUCUUCUUGCAAAACGGAAACUGGAUGGAAAAUUUUAUGCUGUCAAAGUGUUACAGAAGAAAAUAGUUCUCAACAGAAAAGAGCAAAAACAUAUUAUGGCUGAACGUAAUGUGCUCUUGAAAAACGUGAAACAUCCAUUUUUGGUUGGGUUGCAUUAUUCGUUCCAAACAGCCGAAAAGCUUUAUUUUGUUCUGGACUUUGUUAAUGGAGGGGAGCUUUUUUUCCACUUGCAAAGAGAACGGUCCUUUCCUGAGCACAGAGCUAGGUUUUAUACUGCUGAAAUUGCUAGUGCAUUGGGUUACUUACACUCCAUCAAAAUAGUGUACAGAGACUUGAAACCAGAAAAUAUUCUUUUGGAUUCAGUGGGACAUGUUGUCUUAACAGAUUUUGGGCUUUGUAAAGAAGGAAUUGCUAUUUCUGACACUACUACCACAUUUUGUGGGACGCCAGAGUACCUUGCACCUGAAGUAAUUAGAAAACAGCCCUAUGACAAUACCGUGGAUUGGUGGUGCCUUGGUGCUGUGCUAUAUGAAAUGCUGUAUGGAUUGCCUCCUUUUUAUUGCCGAGACGUUGCUGAGAUGUAUGACAAUAUCCUUCACAAACCUCUAAGUUUGAGGCCAGGAGUAAGCCUUACAGCCUGGUCCAUUCUGGAAGAACUCCUAGAAAAAGACAGGCAAAAUCGACUUGGUGCCAAGGAAGACUUUCUUGAAAUUCAGAAUCAUCCUUUUUUUGAAUCACUCAGCUGGGCUGACCUUGUACAAAAGAAGAUUCCACCACCAUUUAAUCCUAAUGUGGCUGGACCAGAUGAUAUCAGAAACUUUGACACAGCAUUUACGGAAGAAACAGUUCCAUAUUCUGUGUGUGUAUCUUCUGACUAUUCUAUAGUGAAUGCCAGUGUAUUGGAGGCAGAUGAUGCAUUUGUUGGUUUCUCUUAUGCACCUCCUUCAGAAGACUUAUUUUUGUGAACAGUUUGCCAUUCAGAAACCAUGGAGCAAAAUAAGUCUAUAGAUGGGACUGAAGCUUCUAUUUGUGUGGAUAUAUUCAAAUAUGUAUAACUAGUGCCUCAUUUUUACAUGUAAUGAUGAAAAUUAUGAAAAAAUAUUUUCUGCUACAUGCAAGAAAAAUAGGGCAUUUUAAAAGAGCUGUUUUGAUUAAAAUUUAUAUUGUUUAGUAAGUUUAUUUUUAAACAAAAUUUAAAAGCUAUUAUUCUUAGCAUUAACCUAUUUUUAAAGAAAACUUUUUGCAAUUGACUGUUUUUUCCCUCUAAGUUUACACUAACAUCUACCCAAGAUAGACUGUUUUUAACAGUCAAUUUCAGUUCAGCUAACAUUUAUUAAUACCUUUGUAACUCUCUACUAUGAUUUUUGUUAUCACAUCAAAACUAUGCAAUUGGUACAUGGUUGUUUAAGAAGAAAUUGUAUUCUUCCAUGAUAAAUCACUGUUUGAAAUAUUUGGUUCGUGGUAUGAUUAAAAUGUAAAAGCAUAAUUAAUGCAUUGGCUGGUAGUUAACACUUGGAGUAACUUUAUUCUGCAGAUCAUUUAAGAAGUAACAAAGGAAAUUAUUUUUUUGAAAGACCAGUUCAACUUUGUGGAUUAUUUUUCCUCAGAAGGAUAAGAAAAAGUUUAAUCGUUUGGAAUUUUAAGUACGUAUUCCCAAAGAUCUGAAAGGUAAUAAAAUGUACUGCUGGAUUUUUUAAGGUGGUACCAAAAACGAAUAUCUCUCUGUCAUAUAUUCAUAUUACAAAUAUAUUCUAUUUAUGUUCUAUUCAUCUUUUGAAUGUUUAGUAUGCUAUUAAGUCAUUCUAAGUCUUUGUAUUUGCUUUUGCAAAUAGGUAUUUCAAAGCUCUUUUCCUAAAGGGUUAAGUAAAAUAAAAAAUUGAGCUUUCUAGAGUAUUUGCCUAAUUGGGAAUUAAAAAGUAAAAUAACAGGCCACGCAUGGUGGCUCAUGCCUAUAAUCCCAGCACCCUAGGAGGCUGGGGCAGGCAGAUUAUUUUAGCUCAGGAGUUGGAGACCAGCCUGGGCAACAUGGUGAAACCCUACCUCUACAAAAAAUACAAAAAUUAGCCAGACAUGGUGGCAGGUGUCUUUAGUCCCUGCUACUCUGGAGGCUGAAGUGGGAGGAUGGCUUGGGAGGUUGCAGUGAAUUCAAAUCGUGCCACUGCACUUCAGCCUGGGUGCCAGAGCGCGACCCUGUUAAAAAAUAAAAUAAAAUAAAAACAAAUUGUGAGUCAACAUAAAUGUAUAGAGUUUUAUUACAAUGUAACAAAAGUUAAAAAUCAGACGGAUGUGUAUUCAGUAUCCAAUUCAAUAUAUCUUAGAAAAAGUACAGGAAACACAUCUUAAAAUCGUAACCUACCAACUAACUUAUAGGCUUAUAAAAGUAAAGGAGAAUAACUGGCUGGCAUGGUGGCUCAUGCCUAUAAAAUCCCAGCACUUUGGGAGGCUGAGGCAGGAGGAUCACUUGAGCCCAGGAGUUCAAGACCAGCCUGGGCAAUAUGGUGACACCUCAUUUCUAUUUUAUUUUUUUUUAAAAAAGAGAAUUAACUACAGAAGAACUUUUAAAAAUUAAAAUAAGCUUACCUUGGCAUUCUGAUUCUUGGAUUAGAGUAGAGGUAUUUUUAAGUUAUGUGGGAAACAUUCUUGUAAAAGUUUAAUGACCCACUUUAGAUGCUGCAAGACAAGCAUCCCUUCCAUGUUUGUCUUGAGAAAGAAAUCACGAAAGCAUUUCUCACCAAUACUCUUUGGCUUAAAUAUGUUCAGAAUUGGGCAGCGGGGGUGGCAGUGUGCUUUUCUUACAUUAAUAAUAUUUAUAUCCAAUACACUGAAUCUUCCUUUAGAUGUAAGACUUUAAUAUCUACACUGUAAAUAUUUGAUUUAUUUGGCACUACUGUAAGUUUUGCUUUUACACAAAGCUCUUUGCUUAUUAUAAAGCAAAAUAAAAAUUGUAGUUUCUUGUAUGAUUAUUUUGUACUCAUUCAUUCCUCAGUUAAGCUGCCAAAAAUAAAAGUGCAAUAUUGUAUAUUUUUAAGAAAAUUUAAAAUAGAAUUUUGAUGUUUCUCAGAUCACAAGUUAUAUAAAUCUAUGUAGUAUAAUAAAAUCAAUGAAAAGAU